UCGAGUUACGGACCACUCGGGUACAAGCCGCUUCUGACCAUGAUAGACGCAUUAGGCUCCCACUGAAGAUUUGAUGCGCGGGACACUACCAUCGUCAUCCCGACAGGAACCAUCACCUCCCUCUCCUCGAAGAAGGGCUGGCCCUUCGACCACGGCAAUACCACCAUCUUUCGCCUAUGGUGCACCACCCGAAGUAUCGAACUCGUCCAGUGCAAACCGCACUCUUAUCAACUCGAGGGGAAAACCAAACACAUCCUCCAAAUUAGUCGACCCAAACCCUACAGAGGCGCCCGGUCUUCCGUCCAGAGAUACUUCUGUACGUAUAGCCAAUGCGCUUGCUCAGGCCAAAGGCACCACCUCUAUACCAUCUGUAUCCACACUUCAUUCAUCGUCUUCCACCCUGAUUGAUCCUUCUCAGUCUACGAGCUCACUCCCUUCUUACCAGCGGCCCCCCAACUCCCGCGAACAGAAACAAAACGACAAGCUGAAGCCAUCAGAUUCAUUCGACAACGACCGAGGGAAACGUGGUCUGAGCCCAGUUGAAGCAUUAGGCGAGCGGCAGAGAGCACUCUCCCCGUAUUUCCUUCAACUACGGGAAUCAAAUGGGGCGGGCUUCCAAUCAAUGAACGUUUUAUUAGACUUUGAUGCUGCUGGGGCGUCCAAGUCUAUCGAUGAAUCCUCAAAUCUGGAGAGUCGAGAUUAUGACACAGAAGAGCGAGAGUUUGCCGAGUUACAAGCCAGUGCUGCUGCUAAGGCUGCAAAAAAACACCGGAAGCAUAUGACCUACGAUAACAAAGCCUACAAACCGAGUGCUUCGGAGAACGAGGAGUCCGCCGACGACGUUAGCGAUGGUGGUACUAGACGCCGUAAGAAGAAGGGCUUGCAUGCAAAGGCAUCGCUUGAUGGCCAAUUGCCCAUGGUUUCGGCCGAGAAGCGUCGAAAAGGGCAUGGGAAGACCAGAAAGAGUGUUGGAUCGCGGAAAGCGCUGGAGGAUCAUAGCGGUAGCGGCAUGGAACAGCUAUCCCGCGAUCCGUCGCCCGUUCGUCCACCAGACUCCAACCGAGGGAAUCAAAGUUUCGAAGACGAGAAGUCAGUAGUUGACCUAACACACGAAGAGAUAGAUCGCCUUCCGUCACCGACUCCUGCCGAACGGGCCUACGGCGCGUAUUCAGAUGCGCCAAGUAGACAAGUUGGUAUCGGUGCCACACUGGGGAUCCUUGUCCGUGGAACAGUGCUGGGAUUACGGAGCAUUCUUCUCCUAAUCGCCUCGAUACUCAGGCUCCUCAUGGACGUCUUUGGAUCGAUUUACGAAAUCACACUUACUCGACCACUCUCGUGGCUACGGAAUAGUCAACAUUAUUUCUCCAUUCGAAACCUUCUUUUGACCACAUUACUCGUUGGGAUUGCGUUAUGGAUUCAACGUCCGGAGACGGAUGAUUCACCAUAUAUUAGGCGAGGCGGUUGGCUGGGCUCAAUUAUCGGUCAUUCUCCGAAGGCACCAUACAAGGCAUCCCCGGCACUUCCUGAGAAUUGGGAGGAACUUAGUUCUCAAUUUGGAACAAUGCAGGCCGAACUCGCUUCCCUCUCGGAACAACUAUCUCGAAUGGACAAUUCCGCUGUUACUCAAUCUCUCCAACGCCAGUUGCAGCUCAUCCGAGGACGCGCCGAUGAUUCGGAUGUGAAAUUACAGAAUUUCAUGACGGAAGUGCGAGAUGUCAUGUCGAGCGUCUCCAAGCGCCUUGAGAAGCAAGCAUCUCCACCGGAUGGCCUGAGUAAAAUCGAAUCCACCAUCGAGCGGUUGCAUGAUUGGAUCCGUCGAGUCGAGACUUCGGCAGAAGUCACGCCGCAGUCGAUACGUGACCUGGAGAAGAAGGUGGCUGCUUUGCAAGCCUCAGAGAGCAAGGGUCGGUCCACCAAAGGCCCGAAGGAAGUAACCCCCGCCAUCGCGCAGUAUUUUGAACGAAUGCUACUGCGCGCUCUAAAGGAUCGUAUUGGAUUGGCAGAUUUUGCGAUUUACGGCGGAGGCGGCCGGAUCAUUCCCUCGUUGACAUCCCUGACUUAUGAACUGUCCGUGAGGAAGUCUUGGAUCCCGUUCGUGGGUGGAUCGUCUGGCCCCCUGGCUCGCCCGCCCGUCACCGCUCUCAUUCCCGAUCUCAACGUUGGGAAUUGCUGGCCACUCCGUGGAUCUAAUGGAACACUCGGGGUCUAUCUCACUCGACACAUCCACAUCUCUUCCUUUAGCAUCGAUCACGCCAGCAAGGACGUUGUCUACGAUAUCACACCUGCUCCGAAGCACAUCCGCGUUUGGGGCAUUGUAGAUGGAGCCGAUAAUCUAGCCAAGCUCUCCGCCCAUCGGGAGGAGCUUAGUAUUCGGAAGGAGGCCGGUACACUGAACGAAGAUGAGGUUGAAGAGAUGGAGGAGCCACGACCUCCUUAUGCCGCAUUGCCUAAGACUCUCGAAUUCCUCAGUCUAGCCAAGUUUGAAUACGACAUCAACGCUCCAGACAAUGUGCAGACUUUCCAAGUCCCAGACCGGAUCAAGAACCUUGAUAUAGACUUCGGCGUUGUUUUGUUCGAUAUACGGAGCAAUUGGGGUCAUUCUGAGUACACUUGCCUGUACCGUGUCCGGGUGCACGGUACGGAGUUUGACACAGAAACUCCCCGCCAGGCAUGAAAUAUCUGGUUUGCGUUCUAUGGUAUCCCAGGAAAUCAAUGAUUUCUGCUGCGAUAUCCUUUUCUUAAUUCCCAUUUACGCCACUCGCUUUCCAAUGUCCCUCAUCUUCUUAAUCUCAACGGUCUUUGGACUCUAUGUUUUGAGGGUUG